AUGGAGGACAACCCUAAAGUCGAGGUCGCCGGCACAGAAACGCCCAAUGCCCAAAUCACCACCACUACCACUACUUCCAACGAGGUAGAAAUGACCGGCACCCAGGAGACCUCCGUUCCCCAAACACAGACUCAACCCGAGGCCGAUGCGGGCGAGAGAGCUGUCCAAACCGAGUCAACGGCACUCGCGACAGAAGAUACAGUAAUUGAGGAUGCGCCAAAUGAGUCGGCGCCGCCAGCUCCUGCGCCAAAGAAGAGCGCAGGCUUCAAGUUCCUUGACUUCCUCACUUCGCCAAUCGUCGAGAUCCAUGUGGGCGAGGGCACCGGGGCGCAAGUGCUUACUGCGCAUCAAGCGCUCCUGCUGGACUCGCCAUUCCUCGCCAAAUUGGUCGAAAAAUUCGAUGGGUCAUCAAGCCGUCGCAUCAACCUCCCAACCGAAAACGUCGAAGCCUUCAGUUGCUUCCUUCAAUUCGAAUACACUCGCGACUACUCCGUCCCCCAACAAGAAACCCCCACCGGCUCCGUCGAACCCGAAGGCGCCGCCCCCGUCGACCGCACCGGCGAGGAACUCCUACAACACGCACGCGUCUACACCCUAGCCGAGAAACUGGGCCUCCCCGCGCUCAAGAGUCUCGCCCACACCAAGAUUCACCGCGUCAACGGCACCCCGCGCGGCGAAUUGGCCUACGCCCGCUACGUCUACUCGCAUACCUCGGCGGACGAUCAAACGAUCCGUCGCCCGGUGGCCUCGUACUGGGCUUCGCGCGGCCACGUGCUGCGCCAUGAAGUCGGCGGGGACUGGGAUAGCAUGUGUGUGGAAGUUCCCGAGUUCACGACCGACGUGUUGAAAUUCUUGAUGGAUCGGAAGGAAAAGUCUGGACCGGCGGAGACGAGCGAGUCGACCCCUCGGGGUCGGAAGCGCCUGCGGGCGGGCGAGAAAUGA